UGGAUUCUGGAAACCGACUGCGUGCGGAAGAGAGUUUAUUUUCCGGUUGCUUCCAGUGUUCCAACUCCAUCUCCGCCGCUGCAAACCACAUAAAUGUGGAAACAUCAAACUCAAAUGGGGAAAAAAUUGAAUUUAGAAGAACAGUUGCGGAGUGAUAAUUCCUGAAGAGAAUCUUCCCUACUCGUCCCUACGCCUCCAUGGCCUCGCUCCAGUCUGCUCUUCUCGCUCCUCCCCCGCUCUGCAGCUGUUCGCACGGCUUUCUCUUCCCAAGGUUCAGGAAACUGCCUCCAAGAUUCUCAAAUGGGUCUUGUUCCACGGCGGGACCGUCGGCGCGGAUCGAGUUCUUGGGGAAAAGCGGGGCCUUUCCUUGGAGAACGGCUGGGCGACAGCGGCUGCGACUUGGCGCCGCCGGGGCCGGGAGAGGCCCCUUCUUCGGCGGCGGCGGGAGGCGCAUGGACAAGGGCACGAGCCGGGUCGUGGGGAACCUCGCCUUCGCCGCCGUCUUGACGUACCUCGCCGUGACAGGCCACCUCCGCUGGGUUCUUGACGCCAUCGUCUCCCUCUGGCUCCUCACAAUACUGCUGCCUAUUCUGGCUCUGGGUGCAUUUUUCUUCUUUGCAGGAAAAGAUAUACUCCAGGGUGAGUGUCCAAACUGUGGAAAAAGCUUCCAGAUAUUGAAGUCAGCUUUAAAAGAUGGACCACAACUCUGUCCUUAUUGCACGCAGCCUUUCUCUGUUCAGGGCAACAAAUUUGUUAGAGAAUCUGCUAGAUUUUCAUCUGGAAGGGGUGCUACUGCUACAAAUAGACGAGUGUUCAAUGAGUUCUUCAAUCGCGGCAUGAGAGGAAUGGCCCCUUCUGGAACAAUCGUGGAUGUCGAGGCUGAAGUCAAGGACGUAGAAGCUGAAGUCAAGGAUGUCGAAUGAUAUCUCCGCAAGAUCCAACACAAUAUCAACACUCAUCAAUAUUGGUUCUUCUGCCCUUCAGUUGAACGCCAGUUUUGCUGCAGGCGAUACGAGUCUGCAGCUGCAGCCUCAUCAUAUAUGUUUGAAUCAAAGAUUGUGUCCACGAUGUCAGAACUCAGUAGAAGCUGGAACUGGGUGGGCAUCUUUUGGCAAAUGUAUAUAGUUUACCGAUGCAUAUAGUAGCUGGGUAGCGUGACCGGAACAGAUGAGUUGUGCGAAAACCGGAACAGGAGUAGGCACAUGGUAUGUUUAGUGUUUUGUAUGUGCAUGAUAAAAUUGUGACGGGAGUAGCUAGUAACAGACGAGUUGUGGUGUGGGUGAACCUGUUGUAGAUUGCUUUGUUUGUAAGAGAGUUACAGUGCCACAGACCUGGAAAAUUGCAGGCUCUCCAAAAAUGACUUUCGUUUGAGGGGAGGGAGAUCAUCGCCAUUCCUCCGCUUUAA